CUUUCUUGGGGCCCCCAAUACAUUAAUUAUUUAAAAAAAUGUCUACGCACAAAUUCAAAAUAAUUAAUUAAAAACCACCCCACCAGUACGUGCCAUUUGCACCAAGAACCAAUUCACCCUGCAGCUUCAGCUUCAGCUUCAACUCCAGCUGCAGAAACGCUUCGCUAGUUUCCUUAGCUAAGCUUCUUCCUUUCUUCCCCCCCUUCUCAAACUAGGUCUUGCUAAACUUUUUCUUCCAAGUGAACAAUACACUGUCGUUUUAGUUUCUUGGAGAUCUUCCUCUCUCUCCCUCUCUCUCUGAGGUCCACUCGAGAAACGCCAUUUCUAAUCCUUAUACACCGAACGAAGAACCAAAGACAAAAUCCCAAUUGAAGAAGAGCAAUGGUGGUUACAGAAUCUGAAGAUAUCUCCCAAGGCGAGGUUGAGUCGCCAUUACAGUCAGAUCACCACUUUAGAAGCAACCUCUUGUCAUCUCUCGGCAGGCAAUCCUCCAUUUACUCUCUCACCCUCGACGAGUUUCAGCAUGCUCUCUGCGAGGGCGGUAAGAACUUUGGGUCAAUGAACAUGGACGAGUUCAUUGCCAGCAUCUGGAACGCCGAGGAACAUCAAGCUGUUAAUGGUGCCACUAGUAACAAUGAUCAGAUCAACAAUAAAGGAGAGCAGGGUUUCAAUAAUUUGUCUGGUGUCAGAGUGAUAUCUAAGCAGCCCAGUUUGUCCAGACAAGGAUCACUUAGCUUGCCUGCGCCAUUAUGUAGGAAAACGGUCGAUGAAGUUUGGUCGGAGAUGCACAGGGAACAGGAACAGGAGCAACAGUAUCAAGGACAGAGCCGCAGUAACGGUAAUAAUAUAGUGAAUAAUCCAGAGUCUGCGGCUCCUCGGCAACCAACUUUUGGGGAGAUGACAUUGGAGGAUUUUCUGGUCAAGGCAGGGGUGGUAAGAGAGCAAUAUCCGGCGGCACCUUCAGGACCACCGCAGCAACAGCAAUAUGGGAUGUACCAAAGCAGCAACAACAACAACAAAACUGCCACGGGGACAGGUUUUGUUUCCAGGACGGUUUUGGGAAUUGGCGGCGGAACUGGUGGAGGAGCUGUUAGUUACCAGACAAUGCCACAAGGGGCUGGACCUAUAGGUGAGACAUCAGGAAGAAACGGUGGUUUCCCUCAGCAGACGGCAGCAGCAGCAGGGUCAGCUUAUGGGGGAAGAGUGGGAAAUGGUGGCGGAUAUGCGCCGAGUCAGGCAAUGGGGGUUAUGGGACAAGUGAGUCCAGUUUCAUCUGAUACAAUACGGAGCAGCAGUAUUGAUAAUGCAGCAAAUCAAUUUGGAAUAGAUGUGGGUGGAUUAAGGGGAAGGAAGAGGAUGGUUGAUGGGCCAGUGGAGAAGGUGGUGGAAAGGAGGCAACGGAGGAUGAUCAAGAAUAGGGAAUCGGCGGCAAGGUCCAGAGCUAGAAAACAGGCUUAUACAGUUGAGUUAGAAGCAGAGCUGAACCAGCUAAAAGAAGAGAACAAGCAGCUUAGGCAUGCUCUGGCAGAGUUAGAGAGGAAAAGAAAACAGCAGUAUAUGGAAGAGUUAAGGAUGAAAGCACAGAGCAAGGCUCAAAAUUCUAAAGAGAAAUUGAGGAGGAUGAGGAGGAAUUUUAGCUGUCCCUUGUAAUGCAAAGCAAUGAAAUCUGAAGGCAGAAGCACAAACUGAAAUUCAGAAUGAUUUAAGCCAAAGUAGUAGGAGCUGAAGAGUGAUGUUUUGUAUGGAUUUUAGAAGAAAAGAGAGACUCUCUAUAUAUAUAAUAUUUAUGAUUUUUUUUUCUUUUGCCGAAAUUUUAAGAGUGGUGGGAUGUGUAAAACUGCAGUUAACAUAAUAUAAAGUUAGAGAGUUAAGAUUUUGAGUUAAAAAAAACAAAAAACAGGUAAGAUUUUGUUGAAGCAAUUCCUGUAAUAUAGUAAUCCAAUUGUUCCUUCAAAUGAUAAGGGACUCAUGCCUCUAAAAUUAUAUAUUCUAAUGCAAUGUUACUGUGAAAACUUCUUGUAAUUUUUUUCUUCAUUGACUUGAUUUGAGGAAGGAAGCUUAAUAAACACUCCCCCGGCGGAAAAGUUUUGGUUUGUUAAAAAGAAACCCAUUU